GUUUUACAAUCUCUUAUCAUGGGCCUACACGACGAGCUCAAUGAUUUGAGCUUAACCUCGCAAAGAGACAUUGGUUGGAAACGGCCAUAUUCCAGUUGGUCUUCCUUGUCCACAGAGUUAUCUAGAAGCCAUGGUGACAAUAUAACAGAUUCGUUGUCCGGUACACAUUCUCUAAAGAGUUACUUAUCGCAAAUCAAACUGGACAUGGAGGGUAAAGAUGUAGAACCUGAGCUGAACCCGGAAAUAACUACAUCUAAUAGUCUACCCGAAGCUUACGUUCAUAGAACAACUUCUAAAUACGAUAGAGUUAAGAAGCUGGAAAGCAGUUUGUCGGGUAUUCAAUCCAAUGUAGAAUCAAAGCGGAGUAACAUAUUGGAGGACAUUUACGCAAAGAUCAACCAACUUGAAACCAAGAUAACUGAAAGCGAGUCAAAGGAAUUACAUUCAUUUAAUGAGACAACGAAAAAAAUCGAUAUUAUACAGCGUAGCAUUAAAGCUGCCCAAGCCAAACAAACGGCAGAGGUUAAAGACGCUAUUUCCAAGAUGGAGGGUGUCUACCACAGGUUUACUGAACAACUCCGAUUAGAAAAGGAGCAGUGGAAAAAGCAGGAGAAGGAUGCGGUAAACAACGUGAUGCAGAACAUCCAUAGCAUAAGAGAGGAGCUUGAGGAAAUGAAGAGGUCAAAGUCACAAAUGGCUACAUAUUUACGGAAAUACAUGGACGUAGAAUUACCACAAUUGAAAACCCGCAUUGCAGCAGCCAGUGACGACAUCAGCCGGAUGGAAAAGACGAUAACUGAGAAUACUAGUCAAGAUCUCGUUAUGCUUGCCUCAUUUAUAAAGCAAGAGAAUAGUCAACUGAAUGAACUUAAGAGAACUGUUCUAACGGAGAUCGCUCAUAGCUCUGAUGUUGCCAAGCAGCAAAUCGCCAAGGAAUCUGACGAACGGAAGAAUAUGCAACAGCGCAUUGUCAACUUAAUGGAGGAGACAUUGAAACGCCUGGGUUCACCAAUUUGAAAGGCG